CCGGCCCACCCUCCCGUCCGGGCGGCUCUCCAGGGAGUCUGUAAACACACCCAGAGACUGUCAUGGAGGGGGAGGAGGAGGCGGCGGCGGCAAAGGGAGGCGUUCUGGGCCGUCUCCAGGGUCCGCUCUGUCAUUCCUGAACUGGUCCCUCGUCCCCGUGACUGUGGCAUCAGGGAAGCGAACUGUUAGGCGAGAGGAGGAGACAGUCAGAACCAUAUCCCCUUCUUCCCCCGGGGCGGGGGCCGGGCCGGGCCAGGCCGGCUGAGCCGGGGGAGGGUAGGGGGAGGGAGCGCCUGGCCAAGCCGGCCUGUCCGCCGAGAUGGAUGACAGUAAGGUGGUUGGAGGCAAAGUUAAGAAGCCUGGCAAACGUGGUCGGAAGCCAGCCAAAAUUGACUUGAAGGCAAAACUUGAGAGGAGCCGGCAGAGUGCAAGAGAAUGCCGGGCCAGGAAAAAGCUAAGAUACCAGUAUUUGGAAGAGUUAGUAUCCAGUCGGGAAAGAGCCAUAUGUGCCCUCAGAGAGGAACUGGAAAUGUACAAGCAGUGGUGCAUGGCAAUGGACCAAGGAAAAAUCCCUUCUGAAAUAAAGGCCCUACUCACUGGAGAAGAACAGAGCAAAUCUCAGCAGAACUCAAGCAGACACAUGAAGGCUGGGAAGACAGAUGCUAACAGCAAUUCCUGGUGAAGAUUAUAUAAAAUGAUGAGUCACCGAUUGAAGCCAAUAUUCUGAUUCCUAUGGAGGAUAAAUGGGCAAGAUUGUACUUCUUAGCUCCAUUUGCUACCUACUGCUCAGCAGUCAUCUCUGUACAUCUGCAGUUUCUACCAAAAUGUGUGAUCAAAGAUCCCAAAGGAUUUUGCUUUAACUUUCAACACGUAGAAAAUUUAUAAACAUUCAUACCUGUUCUGGUUGAUAUUGCCACCGGUGGCAGUUAACAUGUUGUAAUGCUUGAAAACACAGGAGUAGAGAGAAGUGGGUGAAGAUUGUAAUUUUGCACCUUAACUCCACAUUGCUUUAUUGGUUAAUUUAUAUUCUUUCCACGUAUUUCAUGUCAUUGUCUGUGUAUGUGCAUUUAGGUGUCACCUUCUUUUAUGUUUUUGAUUGCCCUACAAAUAGAAACCAAAUGGGCUGAUUCCUAAGUUCUCAACCUUAAUGGACCUAAUCUUAUUUGUUUAUAUUUACUUGAGUAAUGUUUAUUUUCUGCAUGAACCAUGAUUUCUCCUGUGAGCCAUUCCAGCAUAAGCUGUGAAUAUAUAUUAACAAAUAUAUACAGUUCUAUUUUUAUAAUCCAUAAUGAUAUGCCUGUUUUAAAUGGUGUAUGUGUUAACCAAAUCUGUCAGGAAAGCCCUCAAGACAGCCUCUAUUUAAAACUUUUGUUGCUGUCUUCUCGAACUAUAUUUAUAAAAGUUUGCUAGGGCCUAAUCCAUACUUGGAGAAUAAUUAGUCACAUUUUCUUUUUAGGCAAGAAGUAACUUUUUAGGCAUUUCAUCAGCAUACAUCAUCUUGACAACCUAGAGUAUAUAUGUAUGUAUAAAUGUACGUGUUUCUAUUGUAUGUCUAUAUAUGUAUGUGGGGAGGGUAGGAGUGAAUGUUCACACACAUUUCCUUGUGUAGUCAACUAACUCAGACACUUUUUUCUAAAGAAAAUAGGAUGCAAUUUAGCUGCUGAGAUCGAGUUUCUGCCUCAAGAGAUCUGGAACAAAAUGAGGGAGAAAUUGCUAGUAGAUCUAAUGGCUGUAGGCAUAACCAGAACAUUUAGUUUCUCCCUUGACAUGAGCUUCUGAUGAAUGUGUUCUGAGCUGGGAAGAAACACAGUGUAGGUGUGCCUGUGCCUCUGGAUCAGCCCUGACCGCGUCUGCACUCUGGAAUGAAGCACUGAGCUAGAGUUGUCCCAGGCCCGGCGGGAGGCACAGAAGGGCAGAGUAGUUCUUCCCAGCUCCCGGUGCAGCUGCAUUGACCUUCUUCCUGACUCCCCAACACAUGGCGGCUGAGGAAUCAAGCUCAUAAUAUUUUACAUGCAAAUAGACUAGGAAUCUUUCAGUUUCUCCACUGAGAUACCUUAUCACUCUUUCUUCUAUUUCCCGUAGUUAAAUCAGGAAUUGUGUCUCCGUUGCUAAAUUAUAAUUAUUCUUUGCUCUAGUGAAGCAAAUAUUUGGCUUCUAAACAGUACGUUUUGUUAGGAAAUGUCAGUUUAAAAGGAGGCAUCAUAGUCUAGACUGUGAGGUGGAACAAGAGAUGGACCACAGAGUUUCAGAUUACAAGGUACUCUCCCCUCUUCCCUUAGGCCAUGUUUUGAAUAAAGUGCUUCCCCUUAGCCUGAGUUCCUGAAGAUCUCCUGUGUAGGUUGCAAACUCAGAUCUAGUCUAGUCCUGUGUGACUACUGAUAUACCACUAGCCCAACUUGUUGGGUCUCUCUGUGUUUUGAAGGAUUGGGGGUUUAAGAGUAUUUAAUGUCUUUUUAGGAUCACAAAUAUAGAUAGAUUGAGGAUUGUUAAUAUUCAGAACUUCAGAGUUUAAGUGUUUUAAAUAUAGUGUUCAGAUUGUAAUGGGUAUGGUUUUGCCUUCUGGUCUACUCAAAUGUAUAUUUUUAUUUUGCAAAACAACCCAAGAUUUACUAUGUGUUGCUUUUUGUUCAGUACCUUUUGAAUUCCCCAGAAGAGUUGUUUUCAAAGCAAACAUUCCAAAAUGAAUGUGGCUCUUCAAUGGAAUGUCUCCAUUGUGCUUGAAGUAUUUCUUCUCCGGUUGUAAUUUGAAAGUAUAGGGUCAUUUAAGCUACCCUCUACCCCCACCCUCAGUAUCUUUACAAGAGCAGUGACUUUGUCCUCAAGGUAGAGGAUGUGUAAUUUUGGACGAAAGUAAAUUACAACGUAUUUGAGUUUAUUCCUAAACCUAUCUUUUUGGUACUUGAAAGUAGAUCAUACCAAGACAAAGUUCCUUGGUCUUAAAAAGGAAUGUUUUGAUUGCUUUGGGUAUUGCGCUGGCUGCACGCUUUGGCCACUUGAAGCAUGUUAAUAAAUGUCACUGAUUAAAGCAA